AUGCCCGGAACGCCAACCAACGGCAUACGCCGGCGUCGGGACCCGUCCGAGGACGCCACGACAGCCACCGACGUUGUCGUCGAAACCGUCCGGGCGGUCGAGGACAAGGCAUCCCAGACCCUGCUGAUCCUGUGGGACGAGCUGGAGGACUGGCGGCGCGACAACGCCUUCAUCCUGAGCGGGUACCGGCGCACCAGCAACAGCUACGCGGCGUCGCUGGCCAGCCUCCUGCACCUGCACAACGAGUCGGUCAACAUCUGGUCCCACCUCGUCGGCGCCGUCGGGUUCACGGCGACGGGCGCCUACUUUUUGCAGGCCGUCGUCCGGCCGCGCGCGGCCGAGGCCUACGGCGGAGACGUGCUUGCCUUCUCCUGCUUCUUCGCCGGCGCCCUGCUCUGCCUCGGCAUGAGCGCCACCUUCCACGCCCUCAGCAACCACUCGCCCGCCGUCGCAAAGUGGGGGAACAAGCUCGACUACACGGGCAUCGUGUUCCUGAUCGUCGGCAGCUACGUCCCCGCGCUUUACUACGGGUUCCGCUGCCGCCCGGCGCUGCUGGAGCUGUAUCUGUCCAUGAUCUGUGUUCUUGGCCUAGGAUGCCUGGCUGUUUCCUGGGUAGACCGUUUCCGAUCUCCAGCCUGGCGGCCCUACCGGGCGCUCAUGUUCGUGGGACUCGGCCUCUCCGGAGUGGUGCCAGUGGUGCAUGCCAUCGGCGAGGAUGGCUUUGCUGCCUUGGACGAGCGGAUGGGGUUGAGGUGGGUGCUGCUGCAGGGCGGCCUGUACAUUUUCGGAGCCUUCAUCUAUGCGGCACGCUGGCCUGAACGGUCAUUUCCUGGAAAAUUUGACAUCUGGUGUAGCAGCCAUCAGAUUUUUCACAUCUUUGUUCUCCUGGCCGCUGCAUCUCAUUUGUACGGCAUGAUCAAAGCGUUUGACUUCCGACAUAGUCCGCUGGGCUCUGCGCAAUGCUGA